AUGAGUGUUUUCCAAUUACCAACAGGGAUUUGUAAGGAAAUUAACAAGCAUGUAGCAAGAUACUGGUGGGGCAAUUCUGGUGGAAAAGGUAUACAUUGGAGGAGGUGGGAUGCACUUUGUGUGCCGAAGGGAGAAGGUGGCUUGGGUUUUAGGGAGUUUCAGGGUUUUAAUCAAGCUUUGGUUGGAAAAAUUGGUUGGAGGCUAAUUCAAGAUGAGGAGUCUUUGGUUGGUCGGAUGUUGAAGGCUAAAUACUACCCUAAUAGUUCUUUUUUGGAGGCUGUUAUUGGGAGGAAUCCUUCCAGUAUUUGGAGGGCUGUGAUGUGGGGUAAACAACUUCUAACUAAAGGUCUUCGGUGGAGGGUAAGCAAUGGGGCCGAUAUUCGAGUUUUUCAAGACCCUUGGGUUCCUGGAAUACCUGAUUUUAGAAUUGCAUGGAAGAAUGGCUGUGAUUGGAAUAUGAGAGUGAAUGAGCUGAUUUCGGUGUCCGGUUUGUGGGAUAUGCAUAGGCUGGAGCAAGUAGCUACAAUGCAGGAAGUGGAGGCUACUUAG